AUGUUUCGUCUGCUGGGAAUCUGUGCCCUCCUCGAUCUAGUUGCUUCACAAGCUGUACCACAAACCAUUCAGCUCCGUUCACGUAUUGCACCGAAAGAGGCGGCAAUUCGUAGAAGAGCAUUGAAUCCAGUGACAGUCAACUUGACUGACUUCUUCUUGGGUACAGACCUCCAGUGGUUUGGCGAUCUUCACAUUGGAACUCCACCUCAGACGGUUAGCGUUGUCUUCGACACUGGCUCCUCAUCUCUCGAGUUUGCGUCAACUCUCUGCGGAGCUGCGUGCAGUAAUCAAAUCCAAUUCAACUCUUCCAAAUCUUCGACCUUUGUCGAUGUCGGCACGACCAGUUCCAUCACGUUUUCGACGGGUGUCGGUGUAGAUCCGGUGGUCGGUGCCAAUUACCGACUCACGUUGCGUUCUGCGCGAGAUACCGUGGCUAUCGGCAACCUUUCAGCUCCUUCAACCAGCCUCUUCCUUAUCACGAACCAAACUCCCAAGUUCAAUAUUGAUCCGUUCUCGGGGAUUCAAGGCAAGCGAGACCGCCAACAAAAGAAACCUGGGGGGAUGGGCGCUCGUGCUCAAGGAUUGUUUGCCAGCCUUGUCAACCAGGGUCUUCCAUCUCUCUUCAGCUUGUACCUGACUCCCCUGGCUGUCGGCGGGGCGGAGUUGACGGUCGGCGGAAUCGAUACGACGAAAUUCUCAGGCAAGUUUCACUUGACCUUUGCUUCUCUGCCUGCCGGAUCAGGGGCCACUUGGACAUUGAAUUCUCCACAAAUAUUCGUCAACGGCAAGAGCAGCACCACUCUUCGUGCGACGCGCAAUGUAAUUUUCGAUUCGGGAACCUCAAACAUUCUCUUCCCCACCGCAACGGCCGAUUGGUCCGUUGUCGCAUUCGAAGAUGCUGACAAGAAGCCUCAUAGAAAUGCCAUUUACGCUCUCAUCAGCCCGAAUAUCGUCCCAUUCUCUCCAGAGCCAGGCACAUACGGGAUUGCCUGUUCGAGUAUUUCUUCACUUCCCGCGCAAAUAUCCAUCGCCUUCACUGCCCAGAAUGGCCAACCGUUCAAUCUCACCAUCCCCAGUAGUGAACUGAGCGUAGGGCCGUUUGCAGCGGAUCCGACCAUUUGCCAAACACUGAUAAACGCUUUUGACGGCUUGUCUCUUGUUGGGGCAAGUUUGUUGAAGCACUACUACAGUGUUUGGGAUGUUGGAGGCCAGCGCAUGGGCUUUGCUGCGAUCUAG